UGAGGAGUGGGGGGGAGAGAAAAUAAUGAACUGUAUUUCCGUGUUGGCUAGCGACAGGCGACAUUUUUUUUUAAAUGAUCACCACUCCUAAAAAAGGCGCAGCAGCAGCUACGUAAUUAUUUUUCGACCACGCUGGCUUGUGAUGUCAUAAUGUCGUUUGUAACAAAGGCAAACUAUUCGGCCAGCGCGCGUCCUUAUACAAAGCUCUCCCCCAAACGCAUCUCAUGCGGUCUCUUAUUAGUUGGGAGCGUCACCCGCCCAUGAGAAUCAUGGCCAAUCUCAAGGGAGAAACCAAGAAAGAAUUCAAAAUGAGGAUACGCGCCUUCCCUAUGACAAUGGAUGAGAAAUAUGUGGAGAACAUCUGGGGCCUGCUAAAGAAUGCCAUCCAGGAGAUCCAGAGGAAAAACAACAGCGGGCUGAGCUUCGAGGAGCUGUACAGGAAUGCCUACACCAUGGUUCUGCACAAGCAUGGGGAGAAGCUCUACACAGGCCUGAGAGAGGUUGUCACAGAGCAUCUCAUCAACAAAGUACGCCAGAAUGUCCUCAAAUGUCUAAAUAACAAAUUUCUGCAAAUCCUAAAUCAAGAGUGGAAUGAUCAUCAAACUGCCACCAUCAUGAUCAGAGACAUCCUCAUGUACAUGGACCGAGUUUAUGUUCAGCAAAACGGCGUGGAGAACGUGUACAACCUCAGCGUCGUCGAAUUCAGAGACCAGGUGGUCCACUACAGCUGCAUUCGAAAGCACCUUUGGCAGACGCUACUGGACAAGAUUGAACGAGAGAGGAGGGGAGAAGUUGUAGACAGGGGAUCCAUCAGAAACACCUGCCAGAUGCUGAUGGUUCUCGGACUGGACAGCAGGAUUGUAUACGAGGAAGACUUUGAGCGUCCCUUCUUAGAAAUGUCAGCUGAAUUCUACGAGAUGGAAAGCCAAAGGUUUCUCGCCGAAAACAGCACCAGCAUCUACAUUAAGAGGGUGGAGGCCCGAAUCCACGAGGAGAUCGAGCGCGUCAAUCACUGUUUGGACAAGUCGACGGAGGAUUCCAUUCUCAAGGUGGUGGAAAGGGAGCUGAUAACAAAACACAUGAAAACCAUAGUGGAGAUGGAGAACUCCGGCAUGGUCCACAUGCUGCGGAAUCACAUCACAGAAGACCUUUUGUGCAUGUACAAGCUGUUCAGCCGUGUCCCCAACGGCCUAAAAACGAUGUGCGAUUGUAUGAGCUCGUACUUGAGAGAGCAAGGCAGGGCUCUGGUGUCAGAAGAAGGAGAUGGCAAAAAUCCCGUCGACUAUAUCCAGGACCUGCUUAACCUGAAGAUGGUGUUUGACCAUUUCCUCCAUGAGUCUUUCAACAAUGACAAACUUUUCAAACAAACCAUUGCAGGAGACUUUGAGUAUUUCCUCAAUCUCAACUCCCGCUCGCCAGAGUACCUAUCGCACUUUAUCGACGAUAAGCUGAAGAAAGGAGUUCGAGGGUUGACGGAACAGGAGGUGGAGUUGAUUUUGGACAAGACCAUGGUUUUGUUCAGAUUUCUGCAAGAGAAGGAUGUGUUUGAAAGGUACUACAAGCAGCAUCUGGGCCGGAGACUGCUGAGCAACAAGAGCGCCUCGGACGAUUUAGAGAAGAGCAUGAUCUCCAAGCUCAAAACGGAAUGUGGCUGUCAGUUCACCUCGAAACUGGAGGGAAUGUUUCGAGAUAUGACCAUCUCCAAUGCUACCAUGGAUGAGUUCAGGCGACACAUACGCGACAUGUCGGCUUCUUUAUGUGGCGUGGACCUGACCGUCCGAGUCCUCACAACUCGUUACUGGCCAACGCAGUCGGCGACGCCCAGAUGCACCAUCCCCCUAGCCCCUCAGCAUGCUUUUGAUGUGUUUAAGAGGUUCUACCUCGCCAAACACAGUGGGAGACAGCUCACGCUACAGCAUCAUAUGGGCGGGGCAGACCUAAUUGCUACCUUCUACGGUGCUUUGAAAAAGGAUGAUGGUUCCGAAGCAAGCUUGGGAGGUGCCCAAAUGAGUGGCUCAAACUCCCGGAAGACCAUUCUGCAGGUGUCCACCUUCCAGAUGACCAUCCUCAUGCUCUUCAACCACAGAGAAUGCUGCACUUUUGAGGAGAUCCAGAACGAGACAGACAUUCCCAGAUGGGAGUUGGCGCGGGCGUUGCAGUCUUUAGCCUGUGGGAAGCCCACGCAGAGAGUUCUCACCAAAGAACCAAAAUCCAAGGAGAUUGAAAACGGACAUUUGUUUACAGUCAAUGACCAGUUUACUGCCAAAGUGCACAGAGUCAAAAUACAGACAGUCGCUGCCAAACAAGGCGAGUCUGACCCGGAGAGGAAAGAGACACAGCAGAGAGUGGAUGACGACAGGAAGGUCGUGAUCGAAGCCGCCAUCGUACGCAUCAUGAAGUCCAGGAAGAAGAUUCAGCACAAUGUCCUGGUGGCUGAGGUGACUCAGCAGCUGCAGGCGCGCUUCCUCCCCAGCCCCGUGGUCAUCAAAAAGCGCAUCGAGGGACUUAUAGAAAGGGAAUACUUGGCAAGGACUCCGGAGGACCGUAAUAUGUACACUUACAUCGGAUAGAAGGGGGGCGGUGCAGUGGGGGAGGAUGGACGUACGCAAAUGGGAGAUCUGCACGGAAAAUCCAUCAUCGCAUCCUCACAACGCGUCUUCCUGCGAUGAAGGAGCUACUUUUAUUUUUGCACCCCCCCGGAGAUGAGACGAACCAACCCGAUGUGAAAAUGUGAAUCUGCACCUUAUUUUUGUUGUUUCAGUACAGUCUAGAAAGUAUUUUUAAAAUGUAGAUUGUUACAAAAAAAAACCUGAAAUAAAGCGUAUGGAGGCUCAAUUACUCAUAACUAGAAUACGCUGAAGCCAUUUUCAUUUUGUAUCAUUGUAUUUCUACGUUGAGAAUUAAAAAAAAGCUUUAUUAAGGAAAAUGUUUGAUAGUAGUUCUCCUGGGAGUUCUUUUUUAUUGCAUUGGAAUAAUUAUUAAAAUAUUGUGUGGUAUUUGA